AUGUUGGAUGGCCAUGCGCAGAUGGUGCUAGGGAACGCCCAGUCGGGAGAACUCUCGCCGUCGCGACUCGCCUCCGCUUUCGAUCACCGCCAGCGACAGGCCUUCUGCGGCGAUUCGGAGGGCUGGGGGCCGCUCAGUUCAAGCGGCUUCCACCUCACUUCAUGCUUCGUGGAUGUUGUUGUAGCCGUGGUCGCUGUAUGGGGUUCGUUAGCUGGUCUCGCUGCACUGUGGAUCUUGCUGAAGAAGCGCAUUCCGCAACCCGUCUCCAAGAAUUGGCACUUCUACGCCAAGCUGGUUGUCCUCGCCGGUCUGAUUUUCGUCACUGCGCUCCAAGCCGCCUUGCAUGCCGAGACCGAGCCGAAGCACUUCUAUGCCGACUUCCGUUUCUGGUCCUCCCUCUUGACGCUCGCCUCAUUGGGUGUUAUAUACGCAGUACAGUACUAUGAGCAUUGGCGGAGUCGGCAGCCGAACGGGGUCGUCCUGUUCUAUUGGCUCUUCUUCAUCAUUGCUUACGCUGUCAAGCUACAGUCGCUCGUCGCUCAGAAGGCUUACCUACAACAUCUUCCAUACUUCGUCUGCGUCAACGUUAGCCUCGGCCUCGCAUUGCUAGAAUUCGUGCUAGAAUAUUUUGUUCCCAAGAAGCAGAGCGCUUAUGAUGCCCUCGGUGACGAGGAUGAAUGCCCUUAUAACUAUGCCGACAUCUUCUCAGUCCUCACUUUUGGCUGGAUGACUCCGAUGAUGAAAUUCGGAUACAAAAACUACUUGACCCAAGAUGAUCUUUGGAACCUCCGCCGUCGCGAUACUACCAGGGCGACCCUCGAUGACCUGAAUUCGGCUUGGGAGGAGGAGCUUGAGAAGAAGAAGCCCUCUCUAUGGUUGGCUCUUUUCAAGGCAUUUGGUGGUCCGUACGUUCGCGGAGCCAUCAUAAAAUCGGCUAGUGAUAUGCUCGCCUUUGUCCAACCACAACUCCUACGAUAUCUGAUCGCUUUCAUCGAUUCUUACCGGACUCCGGACCCCCAGCCCGUUAUCCGAGGUGUGGCCAUUGCCCUGGCAAUGUUUCUGGUCUCGGUCUGCCAGACCAGCUGUCUUCACCAAUACUUCCAGCGAGCUUUCGACACUGGGAUGCGAGUAAAGUCAUCACUGACUGCCCUCAUCUAUGCCAAGGCUCUGCGACUGUCAAGUGAAGGUCGUUCAUCCAAGACCACUGGUGACAUUGUCAACCACAUGGCUGUCGACCAACAACGUCUUUCGGAUCUGACCCAGUUCGGCACACAGCUGCUGUCUGCUCCUUUCCAAAUAGCCCUGUGCAUGAUAUCUCUCUACCAGCUUGUGGGACUCAGCAUGUUUGCUGGUGUGGGUGUCAUGAUUCUGAUGAUUCCGAUCAAUGGUAUCAUUGCUCGGAUGAUGAAGAAACUGCAAAUCAUUCAGAUGAAGAACAAGGACUCGAGAACUCGUCUGAUGACUGAGAUUUUGAACAACAUCAAGAGUAUUAAGCUCUAUGCUUGGAACACGGCAUUCAUGAACAAACUCAGUCAUAUCCGAAAUGAUCUGGAACUCAACACCCUCCGCAAGAUUGGAGCUACGCAGUCUGUUGCCAAUUUCACCUGGCAGUCAACUCCUUUCCUUGUGUCUUGCUCCACGUUCACUGUCUUCGUCUUAACGAGCGACCGUCCUCUGACAACCGAGAUCGUGUUCCCUGCCCUGACCCUCUUCAAUCUUCUUACGUUCCCGCUUUCUAUUCUGCCCAUGGUUAUCACCUCUGUCAUUGAGUCUUCCGUGGCGGUGAAGCGAUUGAUGGACUACUUCACCGCGGAGGAGCUCCAAACCGACAGCGUGAUCUUCCAGGACCCCGUGGAGCAUGCAGGAGAUGAGUCCGUCCGCGUUCGUGAUGCUUCAUUCACCUGGAACCGCCACUCUGGUAUUCCUGUUCUCAAGAACAUUGAUCUGAGCAAGUCCUCUCUGCUUCAGGCGCUGCUUGGUGAACUAUGGAAGAACCAAGGUGAAGUCGUCGUUCGUGGCCGUGUCGCAUAUGUCGCGCAGACCCCUUGGGUAAUGAAUGCAAGCGUUCGAGAAAAUAUUGUGUUCGGACACCGAUGGGACCCUGCGUUCUACGAUCUUACCGUCGAGGCCUGCGCUCUGAUUGAUGACUUCAAGAUCAUGCCUGAUGGAGACCAGACGGAAGUCGGAGAGCGUGGUAUCUCUCUCUCCGGCGGUCAGAAGGCGCGGUUGACUCUCGCUCGGGCAGUCUAUGCUCGCGCGGACAUCUAUCUCCUUGAUGAUGUUCUUUCAGCAGUGGAUCAGCACGUAGGGCGCCACAUUAUCAACAAGGUUCUGGGCAACUCUGGUAUCCUUAACGGCAAAACAAGAAUUCUGGCUACCAACGCUAUCACGGUCCUUAAGGAGGCCGACUUCAUUGGUCUCCUACGCGACAAGACCAUUAUCGAAAAGGGUACAUAUGAGCAACUUAUGGCCAUGAAGGGUGAAAUCUCAAACCUUGUCCGGACAAACUUGGUAGAAUCAGACGAUGAACAUUCUCCUAGCAUCUCGGAUGAUGAACUUGCUAGUCCUCCCAGUUCGGAUGAUACAGCCGUAAUCGACAAUGGCGAUGAUUCGGACAGCGAGGACUUGGAAGAGCCUGGCUCUCUUGUUCCUAUCAAGAGCUAUGGCGAUUCCCGCCGACGAACAAGUACUGUUACUUUGCGCAGAGCUAGUACCGCAACCUGGCAAGGUCCCCGUCGCAAGCUUGGAGAUGAGGAGAAUGUCCUCAAGACGAAGCAAAUCCAGGAGACGUCGCAGCAGGGCAAGGUUAAGUGGAGUGUUUAUGGCGAGUACGCCAAGAACAGCAAUAUUGUUGCGGUCUCUUUCUAUCUGCUUGCGCUUGUGUCUGCCCAGACUGCCCAGGUUUUUGCAAACUACUGGCUGAAGAACUGGACCGAGUACAACGAGGCCCAUGGCGGAAACGAGAAGGUGGGCAAGUUCAUUGGCAUUUAUCUGCUCCUCGGCUUGGGAUCGUCUCUCUUGGUCAUCUUCCAGAACCUGAUAUUGUGGAUUUUCUGCUCGAUUGAAGCUUCUCGCAAGCUUCAUGAGCGCAUGGCAUUUGCCAUCUUCCGCUCCCCCAUGAACUUUUUCGAAACUACUCCGUCUGGCCGUAUUCUCAACAGAUUCUCUAGCGAUAUAUACCGUGUCGAUGAGGUACUUGCCCGUACCUUCAACAUGCUGUUCGCCAAUUCUGCCCGCGCAAUCUUCACCAUGGUUGUGAUCGCAUCUUCGACGCCAGCUUUCUUACUCCUGGUCCUUCCGCUGAGCUGGGUCUACCUCAGCUACCAGAAGUACUACCUCCGAACCUCUCGUGAGUUGAAGCGUCUGGACAGUGUCACUCGCAGUCCAAUCUAUGCCCAUUUCCAGGAGUCUCUUGGUGGUAUCUCGACCAUUCGCGCCUAUCGCCAGGAGAACCGUUUUGCUCUUGAGAACGAGUGGCGUAUGGACGCCAAUCUCCGGGCUUACUUCCCUUCCAUCAGCGCCAACCGAUGGCUAGCAGUUCGCCUUGAGUUCAUUGGUUCGAUCAUCAUUCUGGCCUCCGCUGGACUUGCUAUCCUCUCUGUUGCAAGUGGCAGCGGCCUCUCGGCCGGUAUGGUUGGUCUGGCCAUGUCUUACGCUCUUCAAAUCACCCAGUCUCUCAACUGGAUCGUUCGCCAGACGGUCGAAGUCGAGACCAACAUUGUCUCUGUUGAGCGUGUGCUGGAGUACGCAAGCCUCCCCAGUGAAGCUCCCGAGGUUAUCUUCAAGCGGCGACCUGCCGUCGGUUGGCCGGCCCAGGGUGCUGUCACUUUCAAGAACUACAGUACUCGCUACCGCGAGGGCCUCGACCUGGUGCUGAAGGAUGUCAGCCUCGACAUCAAACCUCAUGAGAAGAUUGGUGUUGUUGGUCGGACUGGCGCUGGAAAGAGUUCCUUGACGCUGGCUCUCUUCCGCAUCAUUGAGCCUUCUGGUGGUACCAUCAGCAUUGACGGACUCGACGUUUCCUCCAUCGGUUUGUUCGAUCUCCGUAGUCGACUUGCCAUCAUUCCUCAGGAUCCUGCCAUGUUCGAAGGCACUCUUCGUGAUAACCUGGACCCACGCCAUGCACAUGAUGAUACGGAACUCUGGAGCGUUCUAGACCACGCCAAACUCAAGGACCACGUUUCUCGGAUGGAUGGCCAACUUGAUGCUCAGAUUCAAGAAGGAGGAUCCAACCUGAGUCAAGGUCAACGCCAGCUCGUCUCUCUCGCUCGGGCCUUGCUCACACCCAGCAACAUCCUCGUUCUGGACGAAGCAACGGCCGCCGUUGAUGUGGAGACGGACGCACUGCUCCAGCGCACCCUGCGCAGCAGCAUCUUCCAGGAUCGCACGAUCAUCACGAUUGCGCACCGCAUCAACACCAUCAUCGACUCAGAUCGCAUUGUCGUCCUCGACAAGGGCCGGGUGGCGGAAUUUGAUACGCCGGCCGAGCUGAUCAGGCAGGGUGGCCGCUUCUACGAGCUCGCCAAGGAAGCCGGCCUGCUUGACAGCGACGGUCUCGCCAGCUCGUCCUCGCGAAUCGCAUAA